UGCGGAGGCGGUGAUGAUGAUGAUGACAGUAAGGGUAAUACGGCAACUGGUGCCAUCAUGGCUGCUGACGCGACCGCAGACGCCGUACAGCUGCCGAAACGCCGGCGACUGGGAAUGGCAGGUGUUGCUGCUGCCACGGCGGCAGCAUCCGAUCAGCCGCCACCGCGACUGUUCAGCUUCCUGGACCCCAAUGGAGAAGACAAGAGCCCGGUAAGCGGUACGACAACCACCACCACCACCUUACUAACUACCAACUGUAAGCGAGGAGAGGCUGCCGUACUUCAGCCGAUUGCCGAAGCUGCUGCUAACCACCACCAGGGUAGCACCGGUGAAGCUGACGGUGGCAGCCGAGCUGGCCUCUGGCAGUGCAUCCUGGCUUCCCAGGAGCACAUGUUGGUGGGCGGGGGAGCAGGCAGCAGCGGGGGCGGCAAGGUGGCCCUGGCUCCGGCUGCAGCAGGGGCGGUUGGCGGGGCUGCGAGAGGGACGGCAGUUGGCGGGGCUGCAGAGGAGGAGCCACAGCAGCCGCAGCAGACGACGCAGCAGCAGCGAGGGGGACUAGUGCAGGGUCGAGGUGGACGAGGGGGGCAAAACGGAAGAGGACGAGGAAGGGGACGGGGUCGAGGAUCUGCUGCUGUCGUCUCCCUGACCGCCGGCGCUGCUCCUGCGGUUGCUUCUGUGACCAAUAACAAUGACGCUACCGAUGCUACAAUUGCGUCCCCUCCUGUGGAGGGGAAGACCACGCCGGCCACCGCGGCAGCAGCGGCAACGACCCAUGGGUCGGACGCGGAUACAGCCGAUGCAGUCGACACAGAGAUGCAGCAGGCCGCAAUGCGGCCACCCUUGCCGCCACGGCACACCCCGGGACCCACGGGUCUGUUGCCAGUGCUGCGGGGCAGCGCCUGCCUCACCUCCCCGGGAGGAGGAGGAGGAGCGGCAGGACUGGCGCCGGCAGAUGUUGGUGAUGCGGGGGUAGCGGAGGAGAACACCCUCACGCAGGCGCCAAUGACAUGCGGAGGGGGUCGCCGAGUGCCCAGCCGGCUGCUGCCCUGGAGCUGCCCCGCCUGCACCUUUGACAACCAGCCCACCAGCAAGAAGUGCCGCAUGUGUCGUACAGAGAGGCCCCGGCCAGCCCGCGGGAGUGCCGCUGCAAUCGCUGAAGGACUGGCGGCGGCGGCGGCAACGCAACCCGGGACUGCUGGCGGAGGUGAUGACGGCGGCGGCGGCGGCAAGAGCGCUUCCGUACGGCGUCUGAGUCGAGGGAGGGCCACGUCCGUGCCGCCGCCGCCGGGAGUCAUCAUCCAAACGCAGGCACAGGCGCCGGCGGCAGAUGCAGGAGCAGCUACAGCAGGCGAUGGUGGGUGUGGAGGAAGCGUUGAUGGUGGCGGCGACGGCGGCUCAGCCCUGGCGGCGGCAGCGGUAGCAGCAGGUGAAGCAGCGGUUCAGGAUGUGGGAGCUGAUAAGGUUGCGAGUGGCGGGAUGCGGAGGCAGCAGCGGCAACAGGUUUCGGAGGCCGCUACGGAGUUAGCGGUAGCGGAGGUGGGGACUGAGACAGCGGGGCUGAAAGGCCUCAAGCGCAGGAGGGGGCUGGGAAUAACGAAAACACAUCAAGAAACGCAAGCGCAGCAGGAGGCGCAAGAGCAGGGCAAACAGCAGGAGGAGCAGCAAGAGCAGGUGGCGGAUCAGGAGCACCAGGAGCCGCAUGGGCGGCAGCAGCCCCACCCUCACCACCACCACCACCCUCACCACCACCACCAGCAGCAGCUGGCGGGUGGUGACGCAGCGGACCCGCGACAAGAUGGUGGUCAAUCAUCGAGCGGCAGGGGCGCUGACGGAUGCCUAGCGACGGCCAACGGCGGCAGCGGCGCCGGCGGCCCAAGUGACAGAGGCGGCGGAGGUAAGAAGGGGGCCGCUGUCGGAGCCUGCAAACGUCGCCGGGUGAGUGCUCCCGUGGCGGCGGCGGUGGGGAGGAGCAGCACGCAGCUGACGGCAUCAGCUGCGGAGCAGCAUCCUGGUAGCAA